CGACAUUUAUUCAAGAUGAAGAUCCAAUAUGUCCUUUUGCCCCUUGUGGCUCUUUUAGUGGCCAACACCGGAGCGGCCAACAUUAGAUCCUCGGUAAAGACCGUUAAUAAUGACCUAUAUCGUCGGUAUGUCUGUGCCAAAAAGCCCGAUGGAUUUCGUACUCUGAGACCUGGCAGUUGCUCACAGUUCUUUGAGUGUCAGGCUGGCGUUGCCAUUCCCAAAACUUGCCUCCGUUUCUUUGAUUCUAAGGCCCAGAAGUGUGUGGACUACAACAUAGGCUGUGUUGAGGUUAAACAGACGACGAAUAAGAAAGAUAUAGAAAAUAUAACACCACCAUGUGAGACAACCACGCCACCGUGGGAGGAAACAACAACCACUUGCUCCACUCCGGCUGAGAAACCCACAACAACCACCUGCUCAACUCCGGCUGAAAAACCAACAACAACCACUUGCUCAACUCCGGCUGAGAAACCAACAACAACCACUUGCUCAACUCCGGCUGAGAAACCCACAACAACCACCUGCUCAACUCCAGCUGAUAAACCAACAACAACAACCUGCACCACUCCAGCUAAAAAACCAACAACAACCACUUGCUCAACUCCGGCUGAGAAACCAACAACAACCACUUGCUCAACUCCGGCUGAGAAACCAACAACAACCACAACUCCCGCUGCAAAACCAACAACAACCACUUGCUCUACUCCAGCUGAGAUACCCACAACAACAACUUGCUCAACUCCGGCUGAGAAACCAACAACAACCACAACUCCCGCUGCAAAACCAACAACAACCACUUGCACCACUCCAGCUGAGGCACCGACAACAACCACCACGUGUACAACAACUCCUGCCACGCCACCAACAACAACCACGUGCACCACUCCAGCGGAGAUACCAACAACAACCACCUGCUCAACUCCGGCUGAGAAACCAACAACAACCACUUGCUCAACUCCGGCUGAGAAACCAACAACAACCACAACUCCCGCUGCAAAACCAACAACAACCACUUGCUCUACUCCAGCUGAGAAACCAACAACAACCACUUGCACCACUCCAGCUGAGGCACCGACAACAACCACCACGUGUACAACAACUCCUGCCACGCCACCAACAACAACCACGUGCACCACAACACCUGUUGGAACGUCAACAACAACCACCUGCUCGCCACCCACUACAAAGCCGUGUGCGGAGCCAACGACAACCGUCUGCCCUACACUAGAAUCAACCACAGCAACAGCUGCCUCAUGGUGGAGGUUGUGGUAGUAAACUCUAAAUUGAGAUAAAAGUCGAUGUAAACUCUGGACCCAUUUGAGAUCAUAUUAUAGUGCAUAUGACAUCUAUCCAUCUCCUAUCUUUGUUUCCUUGCAUAAUUAAAAUAUUUUUAAAAAUGCUGAGCAUAUAGAAUUGAAUUCUUAA